AUGGAGGUGGAGGACUCGGGCGGCGUGGUGCUCACCGCCUACCACUCGUACGCGCGCUCCCAGCCCCCCAGCGCCGAGCCGCGCUGCGCGCCCCGCGCCGCCGCCAGCCACCCGCUCAGCAGAAAAUCCAUUCCUCGCUGCCGUCGGAUUAACAGGAUGCUCUCCAAUGAGUCCCUGCACCCUCCCGCGUUCGGCCGCUCCAACUCGCAGGCCUCCGUGGACAGCGCAUCCAUGGAGGAUUUCUGGCGGGAAAUAGAGAGUAUUAAAGAGAGCAGCAUGGGCGGGCAGGAAGAGCAGCCGCCGGCCGAGGCCAAGCCUGUGGACGAAGGAGAAUUGGAAGCAGAGUGGCUGCAAGAUGUGGGUUUAUCAACGCUGAUCUCAGGUGAUGAAGAAGAAGAUGGCAAAGCCUUGCUGUCUACAUUGACUCGAACCCAAGCAGCUGCAGUGAAAAAGAGAUAUAAUACCUACACUCAAACCAUGAGAAAGAAGAAUAAGCAGUCCGUCAGGGAUGUCAGAGACAUCUUCGGAGUCAGCGAAUCUCCUCCAGGUAGUACCUGUGACAACCAUACUCCCCAGCUGGAUGGCACUCAGGAGGAAAAAGAGCCUCCAGGAGUUAUCCAAACAAGUGGCCCCGUGCCAGAUGGUGCUUCUCUCAACAGUACUACACUGUCUGAUGCAUCCCAGGAUGAAGAAGGGAGUUUUGCCGUUCCCAGGAGUGGCUCCGUGGCUAUACUUGAGACCAUUCCAGAUAUACCAGUUCAUUCCAAUGGAUCACCAGACCCUGGGCGGCCCGUUCAGAACGCCAUGAGUGAUGAUGAUUAUUUGGAAAAGAACGUUCCACCAGAGGCUGAAGAACUGUCUUUUGAAGUGUCUUAUUCAGAAAUGGUUACGGAGGCUCCGAAAAGAAAUAAACUUAAGAAGUCAGAGAUUAAGAAAGAAGACUAUGCUUUAACUAAACUCAUUGUUCAGAAAACCCGAUUUGGCUUAACCGAAGCAGGAGAUCUGUCUGCUGAAGACAUGAAGAAAAUCCGACACCUCUCUCUGAUUGAGCUGACUGCCUUCUUCGAUGCCUUUGGAAUUCAGCUGAAAAGAAACAAAACAGAGAAAGUAAAAGGGCGAGACAGUGGGAUUUUUGGAGUUCCACUCACAGUCCUCCUGGAAAAUGACCGCAGGAAAGACCCUGGCGUGAAAGUCCCCCUCGUGUUACAAAAAUUUUUUGAGAAAGUUGAGGAAUCGGGUCUGGAAUCGGAAGGAAUUUUUCGACUUUCGGGAUGUACUGCCAAAGUCAAGCAAUACCGUGAAGAACUGGAUGCCAAGUUUAAUGCCGAUAAAUUUAAAUGGGACAAAAUGUGCCAUAGAGAAGCUGCAGUCAUGUUGAAAGCAUUUUUCAGAGAACUGCCCACAUCUCUCUUCCCUGUGGAAUACAUACCUGCCUUCAUCGCUCUGUUGGAAAGAGGGCCUCACAUCAAAGUGCAAUUCCAAGCCUUACACCUCAUGAUCAUGGCACUGCCUGAUGCCAACAGGGAUACAGCCCAGGCCCUCAUGACGUUCUUCAAUAAAGUGAUUGCCAACGAAUCAAAAAACCGAAUGAGUAUGUGGAACAUUUCUACUGUGAUGGCACCAAACCUUUUCUUCAGUAGGAGCAAGCAUUCCGAUUAUGAAGAGCUACUGUUAGCAAACACCGCGGCCCACAUCAUCCGCCUCAUGCUUAAGUACCAGAAAAUGUUGUGGAAGGUUCCAUCUUUCUUAAUCACUCAAGUGAGGAGGAUGAAUGAAGCCACCAUGCUGUUGAAGAAGCAGCUACCAAGUGUACGAAAGCUGCUCAGGAGGAAGACCAUAGAACGGGAGAUUACAAGCCCUAAGACUUCAAAGGUACUACAAAAAUCACCCUCUUCAAGAAGAAUGUCUGACGUGCCCGAAGGAGUCAUACGCGUCCACGCUCCUCUUCUCUCCAAGGUGUCCAUGGCCAUUCAACUCAACAGUCAAACCAAAGCCAAAGACAUACUGGCGAAAUUUCAGUUUGAGAACAGUCGUGGUUCAUCGGAAUGUAUUAAGAUUCAGAACCAAAGGUUAUAUGAAAUUGGAGGAAAUAUAGGACAGCAUUGCUUGGAUCCAGAUGCUUAUAUAUUGGAUGUAUAUCAUGCAAAUCCUCAAGCAGAAUGGGUGAUUAAGCCCCAAGCAAGUCUUUGAAAUACCCUCAAGAUGGCUGCUAUCGUGUAUUAUAUGCCACGAGGAUCCUACGUUUAGUGGGGAAAAAACAGCACUG